AUGCUCCGAGCAUUGUCCUCCGCGUUCCAGAAUUUCUUCGCGCCGCUCGACGAGUAUCUCCGUGAGGAGAUUGAGAGACUGAAGAAGCAGAGUGACGACGAAAAGAAUCCCUCACUGCCGAAGUCGGAAGAGCCCUACGCCGCCGAGUGGGACGCCGUGCACAGCGAUGUCAACGCCCUGCUCAAUUACCUCUGCGUGACGCAGGGCUUCGACGACAGGCUGCGAGGCCUGCUCCACAACCUCACCGACGCGCUCACACAGCUGAGGCCGCAGGGCUUCCAGAAGCCCUCCACUCCCACGCUGGACUCCGUGAGCAGGGGACUCAGUGCCUUCGUCGGGGAGUUCGGCGGUGCGUACGUCUCUCGCUACUCGGGAGCGCAGUGCCGGGAGGCUGACGCCGACAAGUACGCCAAGGUGUUGCUGAGCAUCAUCCCGAUGACGCACGAGGCGCUUAGCAACUUGGCAGAGAAAUGCGGCAACAACUGGCGAAGCUAUAAGAUAUGCAAGCUCACCGGCGACGACAGGGACAACGGCCUGGGCAACUACCUCACCAAAUGCGGCUUCAAGGUGUCACCCACCGACGGACUCCAGGUGGGGGAAUUGCAAAAUCGUUUUUCGGGCGGCGCAGUUCAUGAGCUACUUGCAUCCCCAGUUGCCGACGUGACCACCAAAAUGCUGGUCGGUGGCAAGCCUGCAGAAAAUGGAAUUAAUGUCGUAGACUUAGUUGCGCUUUUCUAUAACAUGCUUUGUCGCUACCUCCAGGUCUGCCACCUUAAAGUACACGAAUCGCCCAGGUACCCCUGCACGGUGAGGGACAUGUUGUCUUGGCUCUCAGGCCUGCAGUACACUCCGGUGGCGGACAAACUGCCUGACCACUGCAGGGCGUUGCUCAACCGCAAGUGCGACGAUAACGAUGCCCCCAACAGGGACGACGAUGUCAUGGCACAGUGUAUUAAUAGUCUGCCUUAUGUCAUAGCAUCAGCGUGUUCACACGCCGACUCUCUGCUAAUCGCAAUCCAGGGCCACGGCCGCGGCUUUGACCUCGCCGCCUAUCCCUACUCCGUCGACUUCGCCAACAACACCGCACAGCUCCACUACCCGGCCGACCCCGACGAGCUGCUGGAGAUGAUGAGGGGAAUAGUAUGCCGCCUGUGCUCAGUGCUCUACUUUCUGUAUGCUCAGUGCUGCCGUACCACCGCCACAACCAAGGGCUGGCGGGAGUGCCACUACGGUCGGCAGGUGCCGUCCUCCCACUGGCAGUGUAACACCUUCGACAGGCAGGCCACCGACGCAACUCACAACUGCCCGCCCACAUCGCCGCUGCAGUCCUUCCUCACCGACAGCUGCUCUGGCCUCCUGCCGCAUAAGCUCAGAGCAGUUGAUAUGGCCAUCGAAUGUGCCGACUGCCCCUCCAAUCAACCCGGCCAGCAGUGCCUCACCCCGCUCGGCUUCUGGGACCUCGGCCUCGCUGCCUCAGUAGAGCGCACCGGCAAGGAUCUUGCCAACUCCCUUGGUUAUUUCUGCAGUGACGCCGACGCGUGCCUCUCCCAACUCUGCCGAACGCUGCGCUUGCUGUGCCCCUCAGCACCGCAGUCACUCGGCGACGUGUUCGCGCUGUUCUUCCAAAUGCUCAGAAUGUGGAACCACGAAUCGUCCCGGCGUGCGUACUCUCACCAUGAGAGUUACCUAACGCAUCUGAGCGAUGAGGCCAUCGACAAGCUGUUCCCUCUGUGGACACAGCUCCACGGCAGUUACCAGAACAGCAAUCUCACCAACGCGCUCAAGGCACUCGCCGGCCAUGACCAUGACAACUCAGGGCACAAUGCCCUCUCAAGCCUCUCCGCCGAGCCGCCUUGUCAAUCACCCAGUGGAUGCGCCCCCUUCCUCCAGCCGCUGGCGCUGCACGCCAACCACACCUUCCCGCAGAAGCACGCACAGCUGUAUGUCUCGUGGAUAGUGUGGCUGGCAUGGCAGCUGUGGGAGCUGCUGGAGUCCCUGCUGGACGCCUUGAACAACAUCGACUGCACGGCCCACGGCUGUGCCACGUGCCUCUGUCAGCCAAGCAACCACAACGACAAGGACUCCUGCCACUGCCCGUCACUCGUCGAAUGUGGCGGACCUCUGCCGACACUCUACCGCUACGGAUUCACGUAUCGCAACGCCCACGCCCUGCUCGCCGGCAGCCAGAAGAUACGGUGCAGUGACCUCAACGACCAACUCACCAAGGCACUCCACUCCGACCACUUCACGGAACUGUUCGACCAGAUCGACCAACUCCUCUACACCAUCCGUAUGCCCUUCCUCUUCGCCAUCACAGCACUCUGGCUCACCGCCACGCUCUACAUCCUCCACUCACUCCUCUACCGCAUGGACGUCCUCCGCAUACGAUCUCACCUCCUCACCACCAGGGCCUCCCACCAAGUCGACGUCAAGGCGCUGCUCGCCGGCAGCAGGAGAAUGCUCUCACUCUACAAGGACGUCGACUACUUCGACGACGACUUUCACUCAUGA